AUGCUCAAUAUUACAGAUGCAGUUGAAAGACAUAAUGAACAUGAUGAUAAUUGUCGUUUAGUAAGACAAUAUGAACGACGUCAAUUAAAACUAGGUAAACGACUUGCUUAUAUACUUCGAUAUGGAGCAGAAAAAGAAGGUUGUCGAGUUGAUGAAGGCUGGAUUCUGUUAGAGGAUCUUAUGAAAGUUACACUUCUCAGAGAAUAUACUGAAAAUGAAGUACUUGGGGAAAUUCAAACUUCAUAUUCUUAUAGAAAAACACCAAGAUAUCAAUGGGAAAGACGUACUAAUGGAGUUCACGUUCGAGCAGCCUAUGGUCGAAGAUUUGAACGAAAUCCAUAUCAUGGACAAACUCAGAUACGUCGAUUAUUAGAUUUAGCAUUGGAGUAUAUUUGUGAAAAUGUUGACAACUAUGAUUUCGAAGGUUUUCCAGAUGAAUUUUUACUGAAUGAAAUAAUUCAUCGUAUUAAAAGAAAUGGUAAAUUAACUAGUAAAAAAUUGCAAGGUUUACUUUCGUCAACAAUGGAACAUUUAGAUCUUGAUGGAAUUUAUUUAACAGAAUCAGGCAUCAAAGCCAUAUAUACCAAAUGUACAAAUUUAAAAGUGCUUUCAUUAAAAAGCUGUGGCUAUGUACUUAAUGAUCAUUAUUGUGAACAAAUUAUACGCAAAUGCCCAUUAAUUGAAUCUCUUGACUUAUCAUAUUGCAAGCAUUUAACAGACCGAACUUUGAAUAAUUUAAUAAAAUACUAUUCAAAUAAUCUUAUUCAAUUGAUACUUUCUGGCAAUCACAACUAUACUGGUGAUACGAUUGUACGUCUUGUAUCUGAAUGUGAACAACUAAAACAACUCGACAUAUGGGACAAUCCGAAUUGUACAAAUGAUAUCCUUAAUAUUUUAAUUGCUAUAGCUAAGUCACGUGGAGACGAUCGAACAAUUACUAUUGUACAUAAAAAUCUUCUACAUCCUGCAGUUGCACCUACGAAUCCUUGGGCAGUUGUUAACGCCAAAACAAGAUAA